AUGGAAUGGAAAGUUACUGACGAACCCUCGAGCUCCGAUCUGGAGCGAGAGGAACGCGCAUACCAGCGGUUGCUGGAAGCUCGACCUGGCUUCCCACGGGACGUGUGGGAGCGUAUGCUGAAGGCGGCCAGCGACGUGGCGCAAAGGCUCCUUUUCAAAGAAAAGGAACCUCCCUGCGUUAGCCGGUCGUACGUCCGCUACGUAGCUUGCCGGGCCGCCCUGAAAAGGGGUUUGAGGAAGCAGCAAGAGGAGUUUGAAUACCUCGAGAAAAUGCCCGAGGCGCAUGCCGAGCCUUUCAGCUUGGCAUAUAUGGAGUAUUGGUACGAGCAGACCUAUGGGCGCGACUCUACUAAGGACUCCGAGGUUCAAGGGCGAGUGGUUCCGGAGGGCGUCAAGCCGACGGAUAUCGCUCCCCUGGCAUAUUUCUGGCGGUAUAUCGCGGACGGAGAAGAGGCCGAGGAAGGCGUAGAGCCUUUCUCGAUCACCAUCCCCGCCUCCCGAGAUAUCGCUAAGGUCCUCGCCGGCCCCGACGAGCUGGAGCGUCUCCUGGUCGAGCUGUCCGACGAGCUGUGCGGCCCUGAAGGCAUGGUGUUUUGUAGGGUCGGAGAUAUUCUCCGCCCUACGACCCUCUUCAUGCGCCUACGCGCAGGCGUCGACGCUACUUCCACAGGCGUCCAGUUGCGUUUUGUACGAGCUUGGAACACGCUCUGCAUGGCCGCCGCGAAGGCUUACGAGGAAGAUAUCAGCAUUCUACAUCUAGUAAGAGAGAUUGAAAAGGCAAUCUUAUUAGCCACCACGCAGGGUUAUAAGAUGUAUCAGACCUCUGUAGCCGAGAGGAGCAAAGCAGAGGAGGAGAGCCGCCUACAGAUCCUCCAGGCUGGUCAGGAGUCUGAGCAGAUGGCUCGCCUCUGCGCCGCUCAUCACCGAGAGAUGGCCCGCUUAGCUGACGAGGUUUCGUCGAAGAUUCUUGGGGGGAACAUCUCUAUGGAAGAGAAGGCGAGGAAAUUGACCGACUUCGUGAACAAUGGAGACCCCGCCAUCCCUAUCAGCAGGCGGUCCGCCCGUACGCGUGUGGCUGAUAUCGCUCGCAAGAAUGAAGAGCGCCGCCACAGCUUCAUCCCAGACGAUCCUAUGGAGAUUGAUUCUAUGGAGAUUGAUUCUAUGGAGAUUGAUUACAAAGUCUAA